AGAGCGGGAGAGUAUAUACAAUAUAUAUACUCAAAAUUUUGGCUUUUAUUGUGAGUUAGGAAGGAGAGAAUCAAUAUUCAUGAUUAGCUUGCCACUUUGCUUUUACUUGGAUCUUAGUCCAAUAGUUUAUCCCAUCUAUUGCAUGGCAAUAUUAUAUAAUGUAUAUCAAAAGGUCAGCUACCUAGAGUGCUCUAUAAGCCACCAAACUUUGGGUAGUUUUCAGUAACAAGCAAAAGAAGAAAGAGGAGAGGGUCAUACUCAUACAUCAUGUCAUGAUGUUAUUUUAAUCAUCAUGAAAUAGAUAGUCUUUCCAACCUCUCCUAAUAAGUCAGCCAACUAAUUCAUUUGUAAGGAGAAAGGUUGGAGAUUUUUACAAGGAAGAAGAGGAGUUUCUCACAAUGAGUUCCAACAACAAAUCCUUCCAAGGUGAUCACAAAUUAACUUCAAACAACAACAACAACAACUCCAUCCCUUCGGGAUUUGUUAGCCUUAGGUUGUUGGCCAAUCCAUUCUUCCAAGAAUACUAAAUUCUCCAAACUCCUCCUAACUUCCCUUGAUAUAGUACCCUUUUUUUUGUGCUUCUUGAUUUCUAUCAUAUCAGUUUAAAGACUGAGAUUUUUACACUUUGAUUCAUCCAUGGAAGAACAUUCAAGAAUCCCGAUGGGGAAAACAGUCAGAAUUCUCAGAAGAUCAGUUUACACUUUUCUGCAAAAGUAUCAAUCUUUCACCACAACUGCAGCAAUCCUUGCCUUACCUUAUGCAGCACUAGUCCUGUUGUCAGAAUCUGCAAUUCCAUCAUCUGCUCUGCUUCAGGGGAUUCACAACCGGCUGCAAUCGCUCUUCGAUGCUGCCGGCUUUCCAAGGUCAUCGGAUUUCUUCGCAAUUCUUAACAUCAAGCUGUCUCAGACCAUUGCAACAUCUUAUCUAAUUUUUCCUUUCAUCUUCACCUUCUUCCUUUUCACCAAGGCAUUUGUAAUCCAUACUUUGUCUAAUAACCGUAAGCCCGUCUCGCGAACCCCUUUCGCCUUUUUCAAUUCUCUUUUCGGUCCCCUUUUCUACACUCAAAUUUGCAACAUGAUACUGAUGAUCUCCGCAAAUGCAACCUGUUUCUGCAUCCUGUUCAUCGCGUUCAACUGCGCCGAUGGAUUAGGCCUUGUGAACCCGAAAACACUGCUGAUCUUUUCAGCCACAGGAGCUGUUCUGUACUCCAUAGUUCUUGCAAAUUCCCUCAUCAUUUGCAAUCUUGCAUUAAUAGUCUCAGGGAUGGAAAAUUCCAGCGGAUACAUUGCGAUCCUCAAGGCUUGCGUCCUGAUUCGAGGAAGAACAGCAACAGCAUUAUCCUUGGCUCUUCCUGUUAACCUUGCACUGGCAGCACUUGAGGCCUUAUUUCAAUACCGAAUUAUAAGAGCAAUUCAUGAGUCAGAAUCUCCUUUUCAUCCAUUGUUUUUGAAGGGAUAUUCAUAGCAUAUUUAUACACAAUUCUCCUCGUCUUGGAUACUGUCAUCGGUUGCAUUUUCUACAGAAGCUGCAAAUCAUCAACUACUUCUAUAGAGUUUGAAGCAGAACAGAUAUAUCAGAUUGAGUUUGAAGGUAAAGAUGCCAAUGUCAUUUCCAAAUGGAAAACAUUGGAAACUCUUCCUUAGUUAGUUUAAAUAUUGCUAAAGCUAAGAAGCUCCAUCAAACCUACAAACAGUAAUCCUGUAGAACCGCCCGAGCUAAGAAACAUAUAAUUUUUUUU